AUGCCAUCCGUCCCUCAAGUUAUGUCUACGUUGGCUGCAUUGGCCGUGACAUCCGUGAAUGCAGCCAUGGGCCCAGCCUUCAGCACAGGUCCGGUCGCUGAUAACUCCUUCAUCCGUGAGGCAACGUCCACGCUCGUCUUGCCCGACACACCCAGCGGAUCUUCCGGAGAUGCCUCUCUGUGGGUUGGUAUGGGUACUUCUAACGGUGACUUGAUUCAAUCUAUUGCUGAUAACUGGAACUCCAACGAUUGGAGCAUUUAUGCCUAUACCCUGUUGAAGACUGGAGAUGCCUCUCAGGUGCCUGUGCAGGGAGAGUCCUCCACUGCCAAAGCAGGCGAUCGUGUGACGAUGCACUAUAAGUUCGAUGACACCACGGGAAACUACACCCAAACCGUAUCUGUCAACGGAAAACCUAUAUCGACGCUCUCCACCAGUGAUGGAAAGGCCCAGGGCUGGGGCAGUUCUGUGGAGUGCGCUGAGACUAACUGUGGUACCGUCGGAGCUCACUCCUGGACAGAUACCAAGAUUAUUCUAGAUGUCGCCGACCCUAACUUUAUCAACACCGUGGGAAAGGGCGAGGGCGUCACUGGCGAGAUGACCACCAGCGACAGUGGAAAGACAUGGACUGUUAGCACCAUCAAGAUUCCAGAGCACUCAUUCUAA